AUGAUAGAACCUGCUCUCCACGAGCAGCGGCAAUGGUUCGCGCUAUAUCGGCACUGCUAUAUCUGGGAGUUUUACCAAAUGGAGGUGCGAGCGUUUGGAGACAACUGGAGACAGCUGAAAGACGAUCCCGUAGCUCUCGCGAAAAUUCGUCUUGCGGAUGCGACGGUGAGCUGCGCGGGAGAUAAAUGUUUCCAAGGAGUAAUUCACUCGAUUGAUCCUACGAGCAAGAGCCUGAUUCUGGCCCGAAUCGAGUCGAACAAAGUGAAGGACAUGAUUCUAUGCAUUGGUUCCGCUGUAAGGGAAGUUGUCGCCAGCGAGAAUAGCUCGAAGCACGCACGUCUCGUUGAUCAGAUCUUCGCUCCCGCGAAGGCUCUCACUGCUACCGAAGAGAAGGAACGACGAGAGCGGCUGAUCGCACAUCUGAGAACUAGGAGUCUUCCUUGCACUGAAGAUGGGAAAAUUAUUCGCAUUGCGACGUGGGCACACAUUGAACCUCCCUACACGAAGAAAGAACUUUUCUGCAGUAAUGAAAUCAUCCAGGAACGAGUCUCGGCAAUCCUCGACGAGCUCGUCUAG